AUGAUAAACGCUAAACGUACCGCUCCUGCAGAGCUAAUAGUGCAUAAGAGACGUGCAAAAAAAUUUUACACUAAGCUAAAUGAAGUGAAAGAGUCGAGUAAAACUAGACCUAAUGUAAUGGGGAUAGUUUUUGACUACAUGCAAAACUUACCGCUACCCAGUUUGCCCGUACAAGAAAUGUUUUUUCUGAGAAAGUUAUGGUACUAUGUAUUUAAUGUUUAUGAUUUUAAAAACGAUAGGGCAGUAUUCUACACAUACCCCGAAGGUGUUGCAAACAAAGGACCAGAUGAAGUCACCUCUUUUGUAUUAGAUUUUCUUCAAAAUGAAAUCCCUGCAGAGAUUACGGAACUCCACAUUUUCAGUGACGCAUGUGGCGGCCAAAACCGCAACCACACUAUGUUAUUAAGAGAGCAGUACGAAAAAUAUGAUCGCAUUUAUUCUCCAGACCAAUACAAGGCCAUCAUAGAAAACUCCAAAAAGAUUCAACCAACUUACAAAGUAAAAGAAGUAAAAAAUGAAGAUGUACUAGCCUGUAAGAAGUGGUGGCCUCUUUACUUUGUUAAAUUACCAAAAAGCCUUGAAGAUAAAAGAAUAUCUUUUGCCAUAAGCAAAUAUAGUUAUCUGAUUCACAGAAGUGACCGGAAAGGAUACGUGGUAGCGUCAUCGUUCAUUGGUGGUUUUCUCUCACACACCUUUAAACUUACAAAAUCCAAUGAUGUAGUGCUUCCUUCAAGCAAGGCUUACGAUUAUGGAAAGGUACCUAUUAAGGUAAGCAAGAUCAAUGACGUCAUGAAACUCAUCAAAUACAUUCCAGAGGAAUACUUGCCCUUUUAUGAUGAACGUCGUACUUGGCCAACGACAGAAGCUGAGACCUCUGAUGAAAAUGAUGAAAAUUAA